CUUCUGCUAGACAGCUGCGUGCUUCUCUGUUUGGUUCCGUGGGAGUCAAAUAUUAUAUAGCAAAAAGGAAAGGAGAGAGAAAGAGAGCUUGAAUUGAAGUAUGACGCUUCACUCUUCAGUCUUCACUGUACUGAGCUAAGUGUUGGGGAGAUUGAAGCUAAUUUUCGAAGAAUGAAGUGAUUUGGUGUCGUCUCAGAUCUGUCAUAUGGGGAACCGGAGAUUGCUUUUUCUGUUGGGGGUACUUGCUGUUAACUUUUUACUGUUUCAGUCAAUAUUGGUUCCAUAUGGAAAUGGAAAUGCCCCAUGGUCUUCAGUGCCCCAAAAGUAUGAUAAUGUUAGACUUUCAUUACAUUCAACACCAAAGUACUUCACUGUUUGGAAUCCACCAACAGGUACUGUUUCAGGGUUUUCUAACUCCUCUGCUUUCAUUGCUACGGUGCAAAAAGUGCAUAUUCCUAUUGUUGUUGAUGAAGUUGGGCACGGUAAGAAAAAGGGGAUGCACAAUAAUGUAAAGGGUGGUUUGGUCUCUGAAAGAAACGGCUCUGAUGAUAAUGUUUUUGAACAUGGGGCAGAUAGAAAUGAUGUUCGUAGUUUGUCUGAGAAGAAAGAUGUUGGAAAAGGUGACAGGUUGGAGUUGGAGAGUGUCGUUUCCAAAAAUUUCAUAGCAGAUUCGGCCAAGGGCAGUAAGGUUGACUUUUCCGUGAAGCAAUUUUUGGAGACAAAAAGGGGUGCCUCUAGGUUGGUAAAAGAUAAUAACAUGGAUUCAAGGGAACAUGAUGGAGUUGGUGUUCAUACCUCAGACAGUUCAACUUUCUCUACUAAUCUUGAAAAUUCUCCCCAGAAAAUUGUCUUUUCUGCCUCGGAUAACAGUACUGCAGUGAGUAUUCCUAGGAGAAAGAUGAGGUGUAUGAUGCCGCCUAAGUCAAGAACGUUAAUUGGGGAGAUGAACCGUAUUCUAGUGCGCAAGCGUGCUUCUGCUCGUGCUAUGAGACCAAGGUGGUCAUCCAAACGUGACCUUGAAAUUCUUGCUGCGAGGUCAGAGAUUGAGCAUGCUCCUACAGUAACACACGACAAAGAACUUUAUGCUCCUCUCUUUCGCAAUCUUUCCAUGUUCAAAAGGAGUUAUGAACUCAUGGAACGCACACUCAAGGUUUAUAUAUACAAGGAUGGAAAUAAACCCAUCUUCCAUCAACCUAUAAUGAAGGGACUGUAUGCCUCCGAGGGUUGGUUUAUGAAAUUAAUGGAGGAAAAUAAGCAUUUUGUUUUGAAGGAUCCUGCAAAGGCCCAUCUAUUUUAUAUGCCAUUCAGUUCACGUAUGUUAGAGCACGCCCUUUAUGUACGUAACUCUCAUAAUCGAACAAAUCUCCGUCAGUUUUUAAAGGACUAUACAGACAAAAUUUCUGCAAAAUAUCGUUACUUCAACAGAACUGGUGGUGCUGACCAUUUUCUUGUUGCUUGCCAUGAUUGGGCUCCAUAUGAAACAAGACACCAUAUGGAAUACUGCAUAAAGGCCCUCUGCAAUGCUGAUGUGACUCAAGGCUUUAAAAUAGGAAGGGAUGUUUCUCUUCCAGAAGCUUAUGUCCGGUCAGUUAGAGAUCCUCAGAGAGAUCUGGGAGGAAAGCCUCCUCACCAACGACCCAUUCUUGCUUUCUAUGCUGGAAAUAUGCAUGGUUAUUUGCGUCCAAUAUUGCUAAAGCACUGGAAGGACAAAGACCCUGAUAUGAAGAUAUAUGGCCCAAUGCCUCAUGGUGCUGCAAGCAAAAUGAAUUAUAUCAAUCACAUGAAGAACAGCAAAUACUGCAUAUGCCCUAAAGGGUAUGAGGUCAACAGCCCACGGGUGGUUGAAGCCAUAUUUUAUGAGUGUGUACCUGUGAUUAUAUCUGACAAUUUUGUGCCACCUUUUUUUGAGGUUUUAAAUUGGGAUGCAUUCUCAAUAAUCCUGGCAGAGAAAGAUAUUCCCAACUUGAAACAGAUACUUCUUUCGGUGUCACAAGAGAAGUAUCUCAAGUUGCAACUUGGGGUUAGAAAGGCUCAGAAACAUUUUUUUUGGCAUGUAAAACCCUUGAAGUAUGACCUCUUCCACAUGACCCUUCAUUCAAUUUGGUAUAAUAGAGUGUUUCAAAUAAAGGUGAGAUGAUGAUGCAUAUGAGCCCUCUGAACUAGAAAGCAGAAGCAAACAUGACAAAAGAGCUUAUGAAAAAGAAGGGGGAAUUUCUGAGUAUGAGAACUCGUGAAAGAAUAUAAUAGGAACUUGGAAUUUGUAUUCAGAGUUUUAGAUUGUUCUGUAUGUAUAAAAGCUGUAUCAUUUGAAUGCAUAAAAAAGAAAUCAUAAUUAACCAAUAAGACCCUCUCCCCCUUCCCAAAAAAAGUUGGAAUUGUUAUAUUUUGUUAUUGGCCGUAUGUUGAAAGUUUAAAAUUUUCUAUUGUACACAUACUGGUUGUCAGGUUGCGGUUGUAAAUACCAGUCUUGUAGCCUAAAGUUGCCUUAGAUCUCAAUAAUACCAAUAUGCUAGCAGAGCAAGGGCUAAGGAGUUGUAUCCAGUAGACACCUUUAUCUUGCUCCUUUAGUUUUGUAUUUUUCCCUUUGAUGUAAUUGCCAAAAGAAAAAAAAUUAAUAGAAAAUUCCUUCCUGCUUUCUGA